UAUUAUGGGUAUUGAUCACAAUAAAUGGCAAGUAAUUUACUCUACGCUGUUGAUAAUAUCUUGUAUUUUGAAUUUUUAUUACACGCCUGAAAUUAUAUGCGUACUGGACAAAUAUUGUGAUAACUCAGUAUCCACAUUAAUAAAAGGAAUGUUUGUUAGAAUAGUGGCUAUCACCGGUUUUUUUUCAAGAGUCGUUCUUCUUUUCAAGGGUAAAAUCAAUUUAGUAAAGUACAAGGAAAACAUGGAUGCUUUUCAUGCAUUUACACCGAUGACUUCCUCUGAUAUUGACGGUUUGAACAGAUUUUCGUGUAGAGUUAUACUGUGCUGUAUAUUACUAACUGUACCAGUUAAUUUUGCAAGACUAUGGAUCUUAUGGGAUUUAAUUCAAAAUACAGUUGUAUUUGUGGCUUUAUCUUACAUUCAAAACUUCAGUAUGUACUGCAUAGAAACUCAUUUUAUAGUCUUGUGUUUUAUUCUAUAUCAAAAGUUUGCCGGCAUCAAUAAAGAUCUAUUGACACUUAAAAUCAAUACAGUUAUGCGAAACAAAUAUCCGUUUAUGUCAAAAACGGGAGAAAAGUAUUUAAAGAAUAAAAGUACAAUUUACUGUAACAAAGAAAUUGAAUACUCUUUGGCCGCCGGUUAUCCAAUGUCUGACAUUAUUGAAAAUCUUAAGAUCAAACAUAAAUUAUGUUGUGAAGCCAUAAUAUAUUUAAAUAACUUAUUUGGAAUUCAACUGGGAUUAUCUUUAUGUGCAUUAUGUUUAUACACCAUGUUUGACUUGUAUUAUCAUUUGGUUGGUAUAUUGGAUCACUCUAAUUCGAAUAAUCUAAUCUAUGGUUGGAUUUUACAAUACUCCGUAAGAUUUGCAACUGUUACAGUCUUCCCACACGCAACAACGAAACAGGCCCUUAAAUCAAAGAUGCUUUUAACGGAUAUUAACAACCGUUAUUUAGAUAAUGCUACAAAAGAAGAAUUACAAAUGUUUCUGAAUCAAAUUUCCAGUUGUACGAUUAAAUUUACUGCUUGCGAUUUCUUUACUUUAAACAAUCACAUGAUUACUUCUGCAAUUGCUGCCGGAACAACAUAUCUCAUAAUUUUAUUACAGUUCAAUACAUAACCAGUAGAUAAGUAAUAAAAAGUAACUAAUAGGAGGACCUUUCCUAACGAUGGGCAAUGAGUGAAUGGUACCCGAUGUUAACU